UUUAGCUUAGCUUUACAUGGAAAAAAUCAAACUCAUUUCAGAAUGCUUUGUUAAGCCAAAAUAUGAGGUUGAAGCUGCUAAACAACCUUAUCACUUGUCACCUAAAGAUUUAGCCUUGUUAUCACUUGAUCCUAUACAAAAAGGUCUUCUUUUUACCCUUAAUACCCCACCUUCAGCUGAUCAUGUUUAUGGUCGAAUCGAAGUCGUAUCUCAUCUAUUAGAGAGGCUUAAACACUCACUAUCUAUUGCCCUUGUUCAUUUUUAUCCGUUAGCGGGGCGUUUUGUAACAUGUAAAUACCCCGACGAGCACGCUUGUUCGGUCUACAUUGAUUGCAACAAAGGCCCCGGAGCAAGGCUCAUUCAUGCUACCGUGCUAGAUGUUAGUGUUUUUGAUAUUAUAUCUUCGAUUGAUGUUCCGACUAUUGUUUCAUCUUUCUUUGAGCUUGGUGAAAAGAUGGUUAAUUAUGAUGGUCAUACAAGGGCUUUAUUGUCAAUUCAAGUAACGGAACUCGUUUAUGGGGUGUUUAUGGGGUUUACCAUAAGUCAUAGUGUUGUCGAUGGUACUUCUUUCAUUCAUUUUGUAAGUAUCUUAUCUGAAAUUUUUAGAUCAAAUAAUGAGCAUAUUAAAGAUACCACAAAAAUCUCACGUACACCCAUCUUUAGUUAUAAUCCGUGUAUAAAAAAUGGUAUUGAUAACCAAAAUGGUACGAUUUUUAAGUUGCCUCAUCUAGAGCCUGCGGAAUUCAUAACCCAUGGAUAUGAUCCUAGCCCGUUAAGGCAUCGAAUUUUUCACUUUUCUCAUAAAUCGCUAGUAUCUCUGAAAGCCAAGGCUAAUCAAGAAUACAAAGCGAACAAUGUAAUAUCCUCGUUUCAAGCUUUAACUGCUCUUGUUUGGAGGUCCAUCACCCGAGCUCGAAACCUAACAACAGAUCAAUUAACCUCUUGUAUCAUUAUACUCAACACUAGGACUCGGUUAAACCCAGUUUUAUCUGAUGAUUACUUCGGAAAUUUUGUUACCAAAGCCAAAUGUGAAUGUACUGUAGAUGAGUUGUUGGGCCACAAUUUGGGUUGGGCUGCAAAGAAUUUACAGGAAGCCAUUUUGGCCCAAGAUGAAAAACGAAUACUUGAGUUAUGGAAUCCUACUAAGGCCCUAGAAGUAAAUCGUCGCAACCCAACUAAUAAUGGGCCAGAAAGUAUCAUUAUAGGUGGGUCAGGAAGGUUUGAUAUGUAUGGGCCUGAGUUUGGGCUGGGCCGUGCUUUGGCUAUUCGUAUGGGCUGCGCAAAUUGGAAAGAUGCAAAGGUGACUGUAAACCCAGGGUGUGAAGGCGGAGGGAGUAUGGAUUGGGAAAUCUCUUUAAGGCCCCAUGCUAUGGCUACCCUUGAAUCUGAUUUCGAGUUUAUGAGUUUCGUAUCACUUUGAUGUACUACCGUUACUUUUAUGCAUUUAAGGUAAGGAGAACGACACUUAUCCUUAGAGUAACACUUUCCACUCGAAAACUGAAUGUAUCCAAGUGUAUCUACUUGUACUCUGUAUGUCUCGGCUCACAUUAGUUGCACUAUUUGUUUAUAGAAACAUUAUAAUUUCUAAAUUACGUGCA